AUGUACUACAACAACAACGACGUCCGUCUCGAGGAGUUGCCGAUACCCGAAGUCGGAUCAGACGAACUGCUGCUAAGGAUCGAGGCCAGUGGCAUCUGCGGCAGCGACGUGAUGGAAUGGUAUCGCAUCCAACGCGCUCCAACGGUGCUGGGCCACGAGGUCGCUGGUACAGUCGCCCAGGUCGGCUCCGGCGUCAGCCAGUUUCGCGAGGGCGACCGCCUCGUCGUGACUCACCACGUGCCCUGCAACGCCUGCCGCUACUGUCUUAGCGGCAGCCAUACCGUCUGCGACACCCUGCGCGCCACCAGCUACGAUCCGGGCGGAUUCUGCGAGUACGUCCGCCUGCCCGCCAUCAACGUCGACCGCGGGGCCAUCCCCAUUCCCGACGGCGUCCCCUUCGACGAAGCAUCCGUCGCCGAGCCCCUCGCCUGCGUCUAUCGGGGCCAGCGCCGCGCCAACAUCCAGCCGGGGCAGACUGUCCUGGUGCUGGGCAGCGGCCUCGCCGUCUCCACCGACCUGUCGGACUUCCGCCUCGAAGCGGCCCGCCGCCUUGGUGCCGACGAGACUCUCCGCGCCGACCAGUACACCCCCGACCGGCUCCGUGAGGUCAACGACGGACGCCUUGCCGACCUCGUCAUCGUAGCCACCGGUGCCCGUCCCGCCCUGCUGCAGGCCAUCGAGUCGGUGGACCGCGACGGCACCGUGCUUUUCUACGCCCCCACCGAGCCCGGCGUCGAGAUCCCCGUGUCCAUCAACGAUGUAUUCUUCCGGAAUGGGGCCACUUUUACCACCACCUACGCCGCCGCGCCCGGCGACCUGACCACCGCCCUCGAUCUCAUAGCCUCCGGCCGCGUCCAGAUCGGCGACAUGAUCUCCCACCACCUGCCCCUCGCGGAGACCGAUCUUGGAUUCAAGCUCACCGCCGGCGCCUCAGACUCUCUCAAGGUAAUCGUCGAACCCCAAAGGUAA